GCCAUUAGUAUUGAUUAUUGUGACUGUGAUGACUGCGUGAGGAAUGACAUCAGAGAGGAGCGUGGGCUGCGGGGUCCUUCACCGAAUGUCGGGAUAAGCUACCGGAGUUGAUUCUGGUCUCCGCGUCUCUGCGCGGAUCCUGCGCGGAUCCGUGGAUCUGCGGGUGAAUUCUUCCUCUCCUCGGGAUGGAUGCUCGAGCAACAAGCGAGCAGCGGCAGCGUCUCUGCGCACCGUUCCCACGGAGAGCCUGAGUGGGUUCACAGCAGUCUCCGCUUCUCUCAGGAUGAACUCGGCUCUCGGAUUCAUCAAAGUCUCCUAAAAAGUGCCUCGCGCCUUUCCGUGAUUCUCCGUGGGGUGUCUGUGAUUGUGCCACCAUGGGCUCCAGCCCCCCCAAACCCUGCCCAGCUCUGGCUCCGUGGAUUCUGUGGAUUUUGUGGAUGCUUCUCGUGGAUUUUACGCGCUCUCAGGAGAUUUACGCGCCGCACUCCAUCCGCGUGGAGGGCGACGUGACGCUGGGGGGGCUCUUCCCGGUGCACGCGCGGGGGCUCCCGGGGAUGCCGUGCGGGGACAUCAAGAAGGAGAACGGCAUCCACCGGCUGGAGGCGAUGAUGUACGCGCUGGACCAGAUCAACGGGGACGAAGAGCUGCUGCCUAACGUCACGCUGGGCGCGCGGGUCCUGGACACGUGCUCGCGGGACACGUACGCCCUGGAGCAGUCCCUGACGUUCGUGCAGGCGCUGAUCCAGAAGGACACGUCGGACGUCAGGUGUACUAACGGGGAGCCGCCGGUGUUCGUGAAGCCGGAGAAAGUUGUGGGAGUGAUCGGAGCGUCGGCCAGCUCCGUGUCCAUCAUGGUGGCCAACAUCCUGCGGCUCUUCCAGAUUCCUCAGAUCAGCUACGCCUCCACGGCCCCGGAGCUGAGCGACGACCGGCGGUACGACUUCUUCUCCCGGGUGGUACCUCCGGACAGUUUCCAGGCUCAGGCCAUGGUGGAUAUCGUAAAGACGAUGGGAUGGAACUACGUCUCCACUGUGGCGUCCGAGGGCAGCUACGGGGAGAAGGGGGUGGACGCCUUCAUGCAGCUCUCCAGGGAAGCAGGUGGGAUCUGUAUCGCCCAGUCUCUGAAGAUCCCUCACGACCACAAACCCUCAGACUUCGAUAAGAUCAUCAACCUGCUGCUGGACACCCGCUACGCCCGCGCCGUCAUCCUGUUCGCCUCCGAUGAGGAUAUCAGGGGAAUCCUGAACGCCAGCAAGCGAGCCGACCAGGUGGGUCACUUCCUGUGGAUAGGCUCUGACAGCUGGGGGGCCAAAAACAGUCCCAUCCACCAGCUGGAGGACGCCGCUGUGGGUGCCAUCACCAUCCUGCCCAAGAGAGCCACCAUCAGCGGGUUCGAUGCCUACUUCACAUCCAGGACUCUGGAGAACAACCGCAGGAACGUCUGGUUUGCCGAGUACUGGGAGGAGAACUUCAACUGUAAACUGAUGAGUUCAUCUAAGAAGGACGAGAGCAGCAGGAAGUGCACAGGUCAGGAGCGCAUCGGCAUCGACUCAAAGUACGAGCAGGAGGGAAAGGUCCAGUUUGUGAUCGACGCCGUGUACGCCAUGGCCCACGCCCUCCACAACAUGCAGAGAGAGAUGUGCCCGGAAAACUCGGGCAUCUGCCCGGAGAUGGAGCUGGCCGGAGGGAAGAAACUGCUGAAGUACAUCCGCAGCGUCAGCUUCAACGGAAGUGCCGGUACUGCGGUGACGUUUAACCGAAAUGGCGACGCUCCUGGACGCUACGACCUGUUUCAGUACCAGUGGAACAACGCCACCGGGCCGGGGUACAGAGUGAUCGGACAGUGGAUGGAGAGCCUGCAGCUCAAUAUCGAGGACAUGCAGUGGCCUCGGGGGGAGCAGGACAUCCCCACGUCCGUGUGCAGCCUUCCCUGCCGGACCGGAGAGAGGAAGAAGGUGGUCAAAGGCAUGCCGUGCUGCUGGCACUGUGAACCCUGCGACGGCUACCAGUACCGGUCUGACGAGUUCUCCUGUAAACUCUGUCCCUACAACAUGAGGCCCAACGCCAACCGCACGCUCUGCCAGCCCAUACCCAUCAUCAAACUGGAGUGGCACUCGCCCUGGGCCGUCAUUCCCGUUUUCCUGGCCAUGCUCGGGAUCAUCGCGACCAUCGGCGUCAUGGCUACUUUCAUCCGGUACAACGACACGCCGAUAGUCCGAGCGUCGGGCCGAGAGCUGAGCUACGUCCUCCUGACGGGGAUAUUUUUAUGUUACAUCAUUACGUUCCUCAUGAUCGCUAAGCCAGAUGUGGGCGUGUGCUCCUUCAGGCGGAUUUUCCUCGGUCUGGGUAUGUGCAUCAGCUACGCCGCUCUCCUCACCAAAACCAACCGCAUCUACCGGAUCUUUGAGCAGGGGAAGAAGUCGGUGACGGCGCCCAGGCUGAUCAGCCCCACCUCACAGCUGGCCAUCACCUCCAGCCUCAUCUCAGUGCAGCUGCUGGGGGUCUUCAUCUGGUUCGUGGUGGAUCCGCCCAACACCAUCAUCGACUAUGACGAGCAGAAGACCUUUAACCCGGAUCUAGCUCGAGGAGUGUUGAAAUGCGACAUCACGGAUCUUCAGAUUAUCUGUUCGUUGGGAUACAGUAUCUUAUUGAUGGUGACAUGUACUGUUUACGCCAUAAAGACUCGCGGCGUGCCCGAGAAUUUUAACGAGGCCAAGCCCAUCGGGUUCACCAUGUACACCACCUGCAUCGUGUGGCUGGCCUUUAUACCCAUCUUCUUUGGCACGGCUCAGUCUGCAGAAAAGCUCUACAUCCAGACGACCACGCUGACCAUCUCCAUGAACUUGAGCGCGUCCGUGGCUCUGGGGAUGCUCUACAUGCCCAAAGUCUACGUCAUCAUCUUCCACCCGGAGCUCAACGUCCAGAAGAGGAAACGCUCCUUUAAAGCCGUGGUCACGGCCGCCACCAUGUCGUCCCGACUCUCCCACAAAGCCAGCGACAGACCCAACGGAGAAGCCAAGACGGAGCUGUGUGAGAACGUCGACCCUAACAGUCCAGCAGCUAAGCAGAAACACGUGAGCUACACCGACCUUGCGAUCUAACAGCGUUCCUCCAU